CAAAUUGUUGUUAAGAAUAAAAAACAUAAAUGGGCAAAAUACUUUUGUGUUUGGCAGUCAUCUUCUUGGCUUGCUACACUUGCUAUGGGACGGAUCUUGGAACAAAAGACAGUGGCUGGGGGCAGUUAAAUCAGUAUUAUGUUUACUCACGUGAUAACACGUUUGUGCCAAAAAGGAUCUAUCCGACUUUGGAGUCUGCGGAUGUUGACGCUCGCGACUUCCGUAGCAAGGUUGUGAUCCUUGUACAUGACCACGGGCAGAGUCACGCCAGUUCAUUCGACGCUACUAUCAGAUAUGCACUGUUGGCAGCUGAGGACGUUACAAUCAUAGUGGUUGAUUGGUCUGUUGUUGCGGGAUGGCAGUAUUGGAACUCUGUUUUUCGAGCUGAUAGUGUUGCCCUCAACAUAGCUGAACUCAUUCGAGUCCUGCUUGUGCACAACCGAGUCACAUAUGCCAACCUACACAUGAUUGGAUUUGGCCUUGGUGCUCAUGUCGUUGCUUUUGCUGCUAGGCAAAUAGAUGGCGGCGUUGUCGCAAGGAUAACCGGCUUGAAUCCGUCUGUUCUUCAAGGAGCUUUCUUUCAUGAUUAUUUGAAGCGCGGUGAUGCAGUGUACGUUGAAGUGAUCCAUACAGAUGGAGAUGGCAUUGGUAUGGGCACACCCAUUGGCAAUGUGGACUUCUUCCCGAAUGGUGGAACUCUCCAGCCUGGAUGCGGUCAUCGUACUAUAGAUAACGAAUGCAAUCACAGAAGGGCUUAUGAACUAUUCGCUGCCUCUAUACACGGCGUAAGCCUGAUUGGACAACGAUGCCCUCAAAAUGUGGAGAUAUCAUCAGGAAAUUGCCGCGGGUAUGACCUAGCGAUGGGUGAAAAUGUUUUGAUCAAAUACGGAUCAGGAUCAUUCUAUGUAGACACAUCUAAUAUCACGUCAUUCGAACAACUCUAUCUUCUUACACCGGAAAUACCAGACUCCGAAAGUACAUAAUAUGUAUAACUACUUAUGACUCACACACCUAACAGAAAAAAUUGUGUUAGAGUUUUUGACGAUUGUAUUGGUUAAUAAAUUAUCGCAAACA